GCUCGCUUUUGCAUCCACAGCGAGUAAAGCUGCUGCCUCACUGUAGGCUGCUGCUGUAGAGAAUAGCUCAAGUUUACAAUAGGAAACAAAAAGGUUUUCUCUCGGUACCUCUGGGCCAUUAUGGAUGGAUGUUUUUCGGUGGCGGAGGCGAGCCACGCAGCCCGGGCGGCAUUUUUGUUGGUGCUGCUGAACUAACCAGAAUCGUCAAUGGUAAAGUGACAGGGAAUCGAACAAGUGACCCGCCUAACAGAGUUAUAAGUGCGGCUUUUUGGAAGGAAGGCACCGCUGAAACCUGGAGGAAGCACUAUAUGGUUGUUUUUAAGGGAUAGCGGCUCGUCUUUUUUCUGCGCGUAAUGGUAAAGAGUCUCCUCCGUGGCUGUUUCCCCGUGGGGUGGCUUUAAAAGUGGACUGUGUGGUUGGUUUUCUCCAUCCACUUUCAGCCUACAUGGAACAAAGUGUGCUUAAUGAAACAUAACCUGGACCCUGGCGGUUUGUCAGCGUUGGUCUGUAUGUGGUAACAUUGUUUUUAUCCAAAUAGUCCAGCGACGUAAAUCAUCACCAUGAGGACCACCGAGGAGCCGGACGGCUUUGAUGGCGAGGCCUCCAACACUUCCAUGAUCUCCGGGGCCAGCAGUCCCUACCAACCCACCACCGAGCCCGUCCACGCGAGGAACGUCCUGGGAGGGAUACGGUGGGACGUGGAGUACCUGAAGUCAUACUUUGGGAUUUUGAAGGUGGCUGAAGUGGUCCUCUCACUCAUUGGAUUCAUCUGCAUAGAGACCAUCAUGAUGUGCUCUCCCUGUGGGGGGGUCUACUUCUUUGAGUUUGUAAGCUGCAGUGCCUUUGUGGUGACAGGAGUCCUCCUCAUCAUCUUCACCCUCAACCUGCACACCAAGGUGCCGCACGUCAACUGGAACCUCACGGACCUGGUAAACACGGCUGCCAGCACCAUCUUCUUUUUCUUGUCUUCUCUUGUGCUCUCCUGCAUCAACCACAACACUGGAGCUGAAAUAGCAGCAGUGAUCUUUGGCUUCCUGGUGACAGGUGUGUAUGGGAUAAACACCUUCCUGGCAGUACGGAGGUGGCGCCUUGGCAACAGCUGUCAGGGUGCAGCUCUGACCAGCGACUACAUACGAGCACGCACUGCCUCCCGCGGAGAGAUGGAGGCGAGGCCCGAGCUAGCAUGAGUGCAGGCAGGCAAUCAGACAGACUAAGGGAAGCCACAGUACAGGACCGGCAGCUGACUGAGAUGGGCCCGAUUCUGCUCUCAGAACUGUUGUUUUUCUUCAUGUCUGGAGCAGAGGGGACAUUUCAAGUUAACCACAUGCUUUUACUUUUAAAUCACAACACCUCAUCUUCCUUUCACAGCUAUAGAUGUGUGCCUCUGUGUAUCAGGCAUCCUGCCUCCAGUGACGUAUAAAGACUGUAAAGUAAGAAGCUGGAGUCAGAAUUUGAGGUUUAUCUUCAAAGCUUUUCAUCCACAUAUAUUUUUAAAUCUUUGUGAAGGAUCAAUUCCAUGAAAAGCUCCUUUAAGAAAGCUUGACUUCACUCCAACUGUGCACCAACUCCUGCUCAGGAGUAGGUGUGGACUGUUUUAAACACUUUUUGAGUUUCACUGUGAAAGAGAUCAAGCAAAAGAAGGUUGAUUUUUGUACAGUUUUUGCUUUUUCACGCUGCUUUCAGUGAAUCUGUGGUGAUAAAUGUGAUGGUAGAUAUAGAGGGCCACAAAACAGGCAAUAUACAAUACUUUGUUUAAACGUAGAUGCUGAUAUCAGCUGAUAUUGGCAAGUAAGGCUGACAUUAAAAAUUUCAAUCUAAAGAUUACACAUGCUAAAACAACACCUGCGUGGGCUCCCCUAGUACUUUUACCUGUGGAUUACCCCCAUUUUUAAUUUUUUUAAUUUUUAAAAAAAUUUUUUUUAGUUUAGUUAAAGCUCUCAUGCAGGCCAUUCAAACAUGCCUAGCUGUUUGAUUUAAUUCAGUUUGAUCCUGACCAGUAGCAGCAACCAUAUGUAGGUGAGAGAUUCAGUGACAGCUAGGAUUUUUGACCACUGUCCUGUGUACAAAAGCAUAACUAAGAAAAAAGAGAAAACUGUAAUUUCGGAAAACAGCACCUCCUUACUUUGAGAUAGUGAUGUCACAAACUCAAAAAAACAGAACAUAUUUUUCAUCCUUUCAUGUGAAUGCGAAACACUUCCAUAUGUCAAAGGCCUCUCAUAAAGCAACAUUUUUUUGUUUUUUUUUAUACACAAAAACUGAGUUUUAAAGAAAAACAUCAGAAGGUGUCCUGGUCUAGAUAAUUGUCCUCAGCAUAAAUGCUGCAUCUCAGGUAUGAAAACAUUCCUUUCAAUCUUUUACUCUAAAAAACAUUUAAAAUGAAAUCACAAGGUGCCUCAACAUGAACGCUGUAAUCCUUAUCAUUUCAUUUUUUUGAGACAUGAGGAUAACCAUAGAGGGGAAUGAGAUGAAACACUUAGUGAAGAUAAAUUAAAAAUGUAAGAGUGACAGAAAGGUUGAGACAGAUGGAAACACAGUACAUUUAGCAUCACGGCUUUCACUUUGUAUUUAAAUGGAUUAAAAAUGCGUGUAAAUAUAUCAUCUACACAUUAAACAUUUCAUGUAUCAUUAAAGCUGAUAUCUUUCAACAUAGCAGCUUUUUAGGGCUCAUACACAGUGUAAAACAAAUGUGUCAUUACUGUUACGUGUCCUGUUCAUUUAAGUAGGUUCAUGUUAAAAAAAAAAAAAAAAAAAAGGUUAUUGGAUUUUCAAGAUGAAGGAAGACAUCCCAUCUAACUACAUUGUUUUCUUGUAUGCAUUGAAUUUACACUACGUCUACAACUGUGCAUGUUUGAGUUAAUAUUUGAGACCUGUUCAUGUGUUAAAGGCUUCACUGACUCUGUACGUGGUCCAAAUCAACUCUGUGGCUCCAUCUCAUGGUUGUUUUCUGAAAUGACUGCACCAGAUAGCUAUGAUAGUGUGUGUGUGUUUUUAAGAAAAGGACCAGAAAUGUUUUUGACUGCAGAUUUAAAUGAAAAUAAAAACUGAGCGGUCUUUUUAAACAGAAGUUUCAACAUUAACGAUUUGCUUUAUGAAUCUGAUUUCAUUUUAAUGAUUUUAGUAACUUAUCAUGUGCAUCUGCUAUUUCUCCUGUUCUGGUGACAGAAGUAUUUUACUGCCUUGACAAUCAUAUGUGUUAUUCUGUGUGUUACCUACAAUGAUGGAUCUAUUUCUGAGUCAUGUAAAAAUGUCUACUUUAACAUUUGUACAGUCAACUUUGCAAAACAAUCAUUCAAGUGCAUGGUAAUGCACCGUCUAAUGGCAUAAACUGACCAUUUUUUGUCAUAAACAAUCAAGCUGUGGCUCUCUUUGUUCAACAAUAUGCUUGGAUAUCUUAUGAACAUUUAUUAUUUAUAAUGAAGUACGCUAGUUUCCAGGUUGUCUAUUAAAAACUGACUAAAAAGCAGAUAUGAUGAGUCUGACUGUGGAUGAAGUUUGAAGUGAGAUGCUCUCUUGUUUGUGAUUUUUGUGCUUUGAUAAUAAAUACAGCAAGGUCAGCAUUUUACAGCAUGGGGCCAAACUCAGCUGUAUUUUUUGUAUUUAAAACAUUGACAAAAGACCAUUUUUAUUGACGGUUUAAAUAAAGUGAU